AUCCACCAGCCAUGUCCUUCCCGAUAAACUAAACAAAACAUCAAACUUUCCGUUGAGUAGCCUACUAAGGUGCGCUACACCCAAUCAGGACCGCCGGCAAACUGCACUCUGUGCGGCAGGUGUUGCUUCGAUCCAGGAUAACACAGAGAACUAAAAAGUGGAACGGGAACUAAAAAACAAAAACCCUACCCCGGGAAGGGAAGGUGUCGACACGACCUACUCCCCUCUAUUCUGCGGGGCCAGAGGCGUUUAGGUUCCAAAAACGGGGUUCGUUCUACAAUCCCAGUUCCUCACUAAGGCAGUCGGUUUGUGGAGUCCCGCUCGUUCACGCGCGCCAUUGUUUUUUUCGUUCCGCGCGUAGUUUCGGUAUUGCAUUUUUUUUUGGGUAAUGAAAGUGCCAUUACCUGUGCUGUUGUGGCGGUAUCGAUAGUUUGGUUGAUUGGAGUUUGGUUUGGUGGGCUUUACUUGGUGAAGAGGGCCGUUGCACUUUCCAUUGACUUUUAGUGACUACGACCCAGUAACGACGACCCACUUGGUGCAUCGCAAACAUGGCUAAUUGGGGUCCCGUUAAAGUUAACAGCAAAGAGAAGCUCACGCGAAGUCCCAGCAAGUCGAGCGGAAGUGGGCUGUUUAGCGAAACGUUGACGGCCGCCCUUGGCAAGCGCAAGAACAGGUUCAAAGAGAUCACCGAGGAGCUUAAUCUGCGUAUUAAUAAGGAGGAGGAAACCGAGGAACUGUACGAGCCGCCCUUGUUCAACGUGGAGAAAAUCCAGCGGAUCAUGGAGCGGGUGGUCGAGAAGCAGUUCGAGGUGAAGGACGAGGAGGAGGGGGCCAAGUACAUUUACGAUCCGGCGCUGAAUUUGAAAAUGUGUCAAACGAUCGCCAAGCAGAUCAAGGAUCGCGUCAAGGCCAUGAAUUACAAAAGGCACAGAAUUAUCAGCUUGGUAUCGAUUGUUGAAAAGCAGCAUCAGGGAGUUUACUACAAGAUGAAGUAUAUUUUGGAUCCCAAGAUGGACAACUUUGUGCGACAUUACCAUGAGACACCCUAUGUUUAUAUUACUGCAACUGUUAUAUUAGUUCAUAAGGAUUGAAUAAAGUUAUUUAAAAAU